GCGUCAGCGCGUGCGUCCGGCCCCGCCCCCUGGAGCGCCGGAGCGGCCGCGAGCGCACCGCCGGCUUCUCUUCUGCUUGCAGCCCGCGCGCCGCCAUCGCCGUCAUGCUGGGCGCCGCUCUCCGUCGCUGCGCCGCCGCCGCCGUCCGCACGGCUCCCCGGGGCCGCCUGCACUCCGUCCCCGUCCCCGGCGGCGCCGCGAUUGCUACACAGUCCGCUCGCUGCUACUCCCAUGGGUCACAUGAGACAGAUGAGGAGUUUGAUGCUCGCUGGGUGACAUAUUUUAACAAGCCCGACAUUGAUGCCUGGGAAUUGCGUAAAGGGAUGAACACACUCGUUGGCUAUGAUCUGGUUCCAGAACCCAAAAUUAUUGAUGCUGCUUUGCGAGCAUGCAGACGGUUAAAUGACUUUGCUAGUGCAGUUCGCAUCCUAGAAGUUGUUAAGGAUAAAGCAGGACCUCAUAAGGAAAUCUACCCCUAUGUCAUCCAGGAACUUAGACCAACUUUAAAUGAACUGGGAAUCUCUACUCCAGAGGAACUGGGCCUUGAUAAAGUAUAAACCAUAUGAUGGGCUUCCCAAGAAUUCCUGAUGCUACUACUACUUGAUUGUAAAGACUCACCUGGAAAAGUGAAGAAAACAUAUUACCUUCUUUGAAUAAGUUUUCCUUUAUUGAGUUCCAAUCCAUGUCAUGGUUACUUGGACUUUAAUAAAAGGGAAAUGAGUUUGAACUGAAA